GUGUGAACGAGAUAAUUGGUCAGCGGGCAGUUAUUUGAAGAGGAACUCGCCAGAGGCGAAUUGUGUAGUUUCCAUCGUGUUCGAGUCUUUCUUUGUGGUUAUAUGUAAUUCUUGGCGCUUGAAAUGGCUCUAAGCGAUCAACUCAUGAACGGAAAGGAAUCAAGUACACAUCCGGUGGUUUACAUCUCGAGAAAAGAGACUUUUAGUGCGAGUCAUCGUUUACACAGUACGAAACUGAGCGACGAAGAGAAUCGACGAAUAUUUGGGAAGUGCAAUAACAAGAACGGACACGGGCAUAAUUAUACUGUGAAGGUGACAGUUUGUGGACCAGUGGACCCCCUAACUGGCAUGGUCAUGAACUUGACGGACUUAAAAACGCACAUGGGUAGCGUUUUGGAACCUUUGGAUCAUAAAAAUCUUGACUUGGACGUACCAUACUUCAGCGAUGUGUGUUCAACAGCAGAGAAUAUUGCUGUGUAUAUUUGGAAGUGCUUGUCAAAACGUCUGCCCGAGGGAAUUUUGUUUGAAGUAAAAAUCGACGAAACUGGCAAGAAUUCUGCUCGUUACAGGGGUGGAAUGAGCGCUAAUCUCCCGUUUGACGUAUUGUAAGCACAAGGAAGAUUGUCAGCAUUAACAGUAGUAUAAUUAGAAUCGUCAUUGUUGUUGAUUUUUUUUUCAUGGUAUUCAGAGCUAAAUACUAUCUGAAAACUGCGUCAGCAACAUCCGAUUUUACAACUUUUUCAUACAGGAUACUUCUACCUCCUAUGUCAAUAGAUAUCACGGCGAUUCAGUUAAAACAUUUCACUUUCGUUUUGUUGAAAGUUUUUAAAAGAGCUUAGAUAUUUACAUCAGCAGUUGAUUGGGGUGUUAUUUUGAGAUCAUGGAAACAUGCUGGUGACAAUUCAGAUGUUUACGUGUUAUCUUAUGUAAAUACCAAAAAAGUCCACUAUUACUC